AUGGAAUAUCUUCGGGUGCGAGAAGAAGACGAUAAAAUCCCGCAGCAACAUGGCUAUGGAAAGAGAAGAUCGCAGGAGCCAUCGAUCGAAAUUCAAGAACCGGCAUCGGAUAUUCGUGAUGACGUCAUCGAGAUGGCUGGCUCUAAGGAUGAUAUACGGGACAGGCCAGUCGAUGUGGGCACUCACGUGCAAGCGUUAGAACCGGUUGCUGAACUACCUCAAUCACCAGCCCCGUCGGCCAAGUCAACACCGCAUACAACACCUAAGACAAGCAUGAAAUUCAAAAAAGAUGGCAAAGAGGCAAAACCGUUCGACUUCGGCAAAAGUAAAUUUAGCUCGAAACACGAAGUCGUCAAACGUGGAAAGGAUGUUGAGGUGAAACUUGAGAAUCUGAAACUUGGGAAAGAGGAUGCACUACGUAUUGUUGUAUUACCGCCGAUGCGUAAUCAGGUUGUUGCGUCUGGCGCCGCUCAACCAGAAGUGGAAACGAAAGUGAAGAAAAGCGGCAGUAAAUACGAGAUCUCAUUCAAACCAACGGAAGUUGGAACUCAUAAGGUUUUCGCCUAUGUGAAUGAGAUUCCACAUCCUUUGUCGCCGUUCCCAAUACGCGUCUAUGAUUCCUCGGAAAUAAUUGUCGGCGAAAUACCUGCUCGUUCAAAUCUCAAUGAUACCGUUGAGUUCACCGUGGAUGCCGGCCGAGCUGGUUUUGGUAACCUGGAAAUGGCUAUCAAAGACGCUGAUGGGAUCAUCAUACCAUCUCAUGUCGCUCAACUGGAAAGUGGUACUGCCAAGUUCCUUGUCACGUUCACGCCGACAUCUAAAGGGCAACAUACCGUCAAUAUCACAUUCAACAAGGAAGUGCUUAAAAAUUCACCCUUCGAAGUGCUUAUCACUGAUCCUCCAGCGCCACUCAAUGAGUCUGUCGAUGGAUCGGCAUCA